GUUUCUCCGAAAGGCACCACGCCUCUCCCCGCCCGUGCUGGAACACGCACCGACCCGCUCGGAAAAAAAAAAAGAAAAGAAAAACAGAGCGCGCGUCUCGCGCACAGCGCACAGGACGUCGGCGCGGCGGCGGCGAGCGGCGAGCGGCCGAUGGCGGACGGCGGGGAGAUGGACGAGGAGGCCAUGCGGGCCUUCUUCCCGAUGUCCUUCGGCAAGGCGCCCACGCGCGCCGGCGCCGCCGCCUCCGCGCACGCCUCCACCCUCCGCAAGCCGCCCCAAAACCCUAGCGCCAAGCCCUCCACCUCCUCCGCUGCCGCCGCCGCCGCCGCGGGCGACGACGACGACGACGACGACGACGACGACGACGAAGGGCCCAUGGUCGGGCCCCCUCGGCCCCCGCCCCAGCCCGCUGGCGGCGGCGAGGGGGAGGACGACGAGGAGGGCGGCGGGGUGAUGAUUGGGCCACCUCGGCCGCCGCCGCGGUCGUCCUCUCGCGGUGAGGGGGAGGACGCGGAUGGCGGCAUGAUUGGGCCGCCUCGGCCGCCACCGGUGAAGGAUGAUGACGAGGAGGACGAGGAUGACGACGACGACGAUGGGGAUGACAGCGACGACGAGAUGGAGGAUGACGGCGAGCGUUACAAUCGGAUUCCUCUCAGCAACGAAGUUGUUCUGCGGGGGCACACCAAGGUUGUCUCAGCCCUCGCUGUUGACCAUACAGGAUCCCGAGUGCUCUCUGGAAGCUAUGACUACACUGUAUGUAUGUAUGACUUCCAAGGUAUGAACUCAAAGCUGCAAUCAUUCAGGCAGUUAGAACCCUUUGAGGGGCACCAAGUUCGCAGCUUAAGUUGGAGCCCAACAUCGGAUCGGUUCUUAUGUGUUACUGGUUCAGCUCAGGCCAAGAUAUAUGAUCGGGACGGGCUCACACUAGGUGAGUUUAUUAAGGGUGACAUGUAUAUCCGAGAUCUGAAGAAUACAAAAGGGCACAUUUCUGGGCUUACCGGUGGUGAAUGGAAUCCCAAGUCAAAAGAAACCAUACUGACGUCAUCAGAAGAUGGAUCUAUUCGUCUGUGGGAUGUAUCAGACUUUAAAAGUCAAAAGCAGGUCAUAAAACCUAAGCUUGCAAGACCAAUGCGAAUUCCAGUUACCUCAUGUGCCUGGGAUCAUGAAGGCAAGCGAAUUGUUGGUGGGAUAGGCGAUGGUUCAAUUCAGCUCUGGACUGUCAAGACUGGAUGGGGAAGCAGGCCAGAUAUACAUGUUGAGAAAACACAUACGGAGGAUAUUACAGGGGUCAAGUUCUCCACAGAUGGACAAAUACUCCUGUCAAGAAGUAUGGAUAGUACUCUGAAGAUAUGGGAUUUGAGGAAAAUGAAAACUCCUUUGAAAGUUUUUGAAGAUUUACCAAAUCACUAUGCUGAGACAAAUGUGGCUUUCAGCCCCGAUGAGCAACUUAUUUUCACAGGAACUUCUAUUGAGAAAGACGGUGAAAAUGGAGGCCUACUUUGCUUCUUUGAUAGAAGGAAACUUGAGCUUGUAUCAAGGGUGGGGAUUUCACCACAUUAUAGUGUGAUAAGGUGUCUAUGGCAUCCAAGGAUUAAUCAAGUAUUCGCAACAGUUGGGGAUAAGAAGGAAGGUGGUACUCAUAUCUUAUAUGAUCCUUCUAUUAGUCAGAGAGGAGCACUUGUAUGUGUUGGACGAGCACCUAGGAAAAAAUCUGUUGACGAUUUUGAGGUGCAACCUGUAAUACAUAAUCCACAUGCACUGCCACUAUUUAGAGAUCAACCAAGUCGGAAACGCCAAAGAGAGAAGAUACUGAAAGACCCGCUCAAAUCACAUAAACCUGAAGCUCCAGUCAAUGGUCCUGGCUUUGGUGGAAGAGUCGGUACUACAAAAGGCAGCUUGUUGACACAGUACCUCUUGAAGGAGGGUGGUUUGAUUAAGGAGACAUGGAUGGACGAGGAUCCAAGAGAGGCAAUUUUGAAGUAUGCAGAUGCUGCAGAGAAAGAUCCAAAGUUCAUUGCACCAGCAUAUUCCCAAACUCAGCCGAAACCUGUAUUUGCAGAGUCGGAUUCUGAAGGCGAAGAGAAAAAAUAAUUGACAAUAUUAAGUUACAUGCAUGAUGAGCCUGGUAACACAAUUUGUUGACAAAGAUAACAUUGGAGACAAUCUGUUUAGAAAACUAUUGUGAAAGAGUUGUGGCCCAUGUAGCAGUCCGGCACGAUGUGGCUUUGAUGUAUACCAUUACCACCAACACGUUCUCCAUCCAUCAGGCUUCCAGUCCUGUUUGUGCGCAGCAGCUCACAAUAAUACGACCGGUGUACAAUUAUGUCGUUGGCUGGCAACUGAUGUGGACAUUAUUUGUACCUACUGACAGUAGUAACUCCAGCUUAUUUUGUAUCUUGAUCAGUAUACAAUCUCGCGUUCUUCCAUCAUGUAUUGUCCAUGGUGAAGCUGUAGCCUGUUUGCAGACAUAAAUGCAUUUACCGUAGGGCAAAGUUGUCAUACUGAUUUGGAUGUUAUUUGCAGAA